AUGGGGUGUGCAGCAAGCAGCAAUCUGGCCGAGGACGAGAACGAUCCGUUCCUGCAGGGCCAGCGGGCCAACGACUCGAUCGAGCGGUCGAUGCAACUGGAGAAGCAGAAGAGCAGAAACGAGAUCAAGCUGCUGUUGCUCGGGGCCGGCGAGUCCGGGAAGUCUACGGUGUUGAAGCAGCUGAGGCUGCUUCACAAGGGCGGGUUCACGCACCAGGAGCGGCUGCAGUACACGCAGGUGAUAUGGGCGGACGCGAUACAGUCGAUGAAGAUCCUGGUGAUACAGGCGAGGAAGCUGGGGAUCGCGCUGGACUGCGACGAUCCCAUGCGGCACCCGGAGCUGUUUGAAUGCAAGCGGGUUCUGCUCAAGGCGAAGGCGCUGGAGUUUAUCGAUGCGGGCGUAGCGGGAGGGUCGGAGUUUCUGAGCGACUACGUCUUGAAGUACUCGGAGCGGUACGAGACCAAGAGAAGGGUGCAGAGCACCGGGGUGGCGAGGGCGUUCGACCCCGAGGACGCGGUGCGGCCUGCGGGCAGCACGCUGGACCUGCGAGAGAUCUCGAAGAACCUGGAGGACGGGACCGCCGACGGGCAGAUGUUCAUCAAAGAGCAGCAGCCGCAGCCGCAGCGGGAGUGCUCGAACGAGGAAAUCGCACAGGCGAUGAAGCAGCUGUGGACAAGGGACCGCGGCAUCAGACAGUGCUACGCGCGCUCGAACGAGUUCCAGCUCGAGGGCUCCGCAGGGUACUAUUUCGACCAUCUGGACAACUUUGCUCGUCCGGACUACGUUUGCUCGGACGAGGACAUCCUGAAGGGCCGCAUCAAGACCACGGGCAUCACCGAGAGCGAGUUCACGAUCGGGUCGUCGAAGUUCAGGGUGCUGGACGCCGGGGGACAGCGGUCCGAGAGAAAAAAGUGGAUCCACUGCUUCGAGGGGAUCACCGCGGUGCUGUUUGUGCUCGCGAUGAGCGAGUACGACCAGAUGCUGUUCGAAGACGAGCGCGUGAACCGGAUGCACGAGUCGAUCAUGCUGUUCGACACGCUGGUGAACUCGAAGUGGUUCCGCGACACGCCGUUCAUCCUGUUCCUCAACAAGAUGGACAUCUUCGAGGAGAAGGUGAAGCGGAUGCCCAUCCGCAAGUACUUCCCGGACUUCCAGGGCCGCGUCGGCGACGUCGAAGCGGGCAUCCAGUACUUCGAGAACAUAUUCCUGAGUCUCAACAGAAACAGCAACAAGCCCAUCUACGUCAAGAGAACGUGUGCCACAGACACCCAGACGAUGAAGUUCGUGCUCACCGCGGUCACCGAUCUGAUUACACAGCAGAAUCUCAAGAAGUCUGGAAUUAUCUGA